AUGCGAUUAGUUCGACAUGUAUUGGAACGACUUGAUAGAAUCAAAAAAAAAUCAGUUCUGGCCACAAAUUUGCUUAUAAUGUCAAUUGAUGAGUAUAUUAAACAACACAACAUAGAGAAUUGGGACAAAAUUUUCUAUAAAAGUAUCUUUCAAUCUGUCUUCGUCAAAGCAAUUCACUGGCAUACAGCUAUUGUCACUGAAAAACGUGCAAAAUUUGUCGAUAGUGUUAGACGAAAAUUUCAUGACUCUGUUCUCGAUUUCACCGAAGAAUUUCGUAAACGUACAUAUCCAAUUGAACAACUGAUGUUUGAAGCAUAUCGCUAUUCAAAACUUCAGUUAAAUUCACAUCCAACUGACAAUAAGCUGCGCGAAAGACUAAGUAUUGAAUUGGAAGAUAUUGUUGGUCAAACAUCAAAUAUUCUUGCAGAAUAUUUCUAUCAUCAAUAUAUCUGUAAAUUGGAAAAUAUUCUCAACAAUAUUUGCCCACAAUUGAAAGAUUUAUAUCGUACAAAGUUAACGCUAGACAAAUGUAUACAUGAAACGCACACAUUAGUUCUAAGAGUUUGUCGUCCCGUGAUUAUGGCAACUCUGAGAUAUUCACAUUUAGAUUUACUCGUUACACAAGAUACAAUUAAUGAAUUGAUCUAUAUUGCACCAACUGUCGCAUUCAAUAUAGCGAAUAUUCCAGAUAAAAAUGGUGAACGUGGAAUACUUAGUAAGGAAAUAUUGAAGUCAGAGGAAUUGUUGGCUAAUAGAAGUGAGAUAUCAACGUCGCUUAUUAAAACACUUCAAAUCAAGGGGGUAAGUGCUGCACCAUUGCACCAAAAUAUGUUCAAAGGUGCUGAGGUGCUGGGGGUUCCAAGUCUGCACUUUCCCCCUUGGUUUUCAGUGAAAUAUAUUUUUCAAUGA